AUGUCUCAGAUCACCAACGAAUUCCCCAGGAUAAAUCUAACAGAAACCGCGUGUCCGACACGAAUCAAGGUAGCAUUCUCGGGCCGCGAGCACCUCAUCGCAGGACCAAGGACUGAAGCCAAAUUCUCAACGAAAUCUGGGCGCCUCGAGGAAAGAUUCCGUCACAGGUUGACAGGGGCUGUUCCAAAAAACCCACAAGAGCUCUCCAACAUACUGGAGCGGAUCGUGGAAAAAGUCAAAACAAAAAGAAAACCCUGGGCGGUCCACGGAAGAGCUACGGAGGAGCUACCGGCUGCUGGUUACUUCCCUUUGUCAGAUGUAACUCCCGAGGAGACCAGUAAGCUAGAGAUGAUCUUACUCAUGGCCUGUGAGACAGGAAGAACAUGCUUGAGAGCUAUGCGAGUCGUCCGUUGGCUUCCGCUCGCAGCGGAUGGCUCCGGCACCCACGACCAUGGGCGCGUUUGCUGUGAGAGCCUCGGCUGGCUGUGGAGUGAGUGA